CUACUUGUAAGUUGUAUCUAUCUAUAUUCUAUAUUCUAUACAGGCCACCGAUUUCUGGAGCUUUGUAUUGUAAGAGUAGUAUUCUUCCUCUUCGCAGCUCACGUACGAACAUGGCGGACCCAACUUGUUCCACUUCCGACCCGACAAGUAGUAAAAAAGAUUUUUCAACUGCAAUUUUGGAGAGGAAGAAAUCCCCUAACCGCCUUAUUGUUGAUGAGGCCUUAAAUGAUGACAAUUCAGUGGUAUCUAUGCAUCCUGCUAAAAUGGAAGAGCUGCAACUAUUUCGAGGAGAUACCGUCUUGCUAAAGGGUAAAAAACGGAAGGACACUGUUUGCAUUGUCCUUGCAGAUGAUCAAUGUGAAGAACCUAAGAUCAGAAUGAACAAAGUAGUUCGAGCUAAUCUUAAUAUUCGUCUUGGGGAUGUUGUAUCUGUACAGCAGUGUCCUGAUGUUAAGUAUGCGAAGCGUGUUCACAUUCUUCCAAUUGAUGACACAGUUGAGGGUCUCACUGGCAACCUGUUUGAUGCGUACUUGAAGCCAUACUUCUUGGAGUCUUACCGUCCUGUCAGGAAGGGCGAUCUCUUCGUAGUCAGAGGUGGUAUGCGCAUUGUUGAAUUUAAAGUGGUUGAGACGGAGCCUGGAGAAUAUUGUGUUGUUGCACCUGAUACAGAGAUCUUUUGUGAGGGAGAACCUGUCAAGCGUGAAGAUGAGGAGAGACUAAAUGAAGUUGGAUAUGACGAUGUUGGGGGUGUGAGGAAGCAAAUGGCUCAGAUUCGUGAGCUCGUUGAACUCCCUCUGAGGCAUCCUCAGCUAUUCAAGGCAAUUGGUGUGAAACCACCAAAAGGUAUUCUCCUGUAUGGUCCUCCGGGAUCGGGGAAAACCCUGAUUGGAAGAGCUGUGGCCAAUGAGACAGGUGCAUUUUUCUUUCUGAUUAAUGGACCUGAAAUAAUGUCUAAAUUGGCUGGUGAGAGUGAGGGUAACUUGAGGAAGGCAUUUGAGGAAGCCGAGAAGAAUGCACCAUCCAUCAUAUUUAUUGAUGAGCUAGACUCAAUUGCUCCAAAGCGAGAAAAGACACAUGGUGAAGUUGAGCGGCGUAUUGUUUCCCAACUUCUGACAUUAAUGGAUGGGCUCAAGUCUCGAUCUCAUGUGAUUGUCAUGGGGGCCACCAACAGACCUAACAGCAUUGAUCCUGCUCUCAGGAGAUUUGGGAGAUUUGACCGAGAGAUUGACAUUGGCGUACCAGAUGAAGUAGGGCGGUUGGAGAUCCUACGUAUUCAUAGCAAAAAUAUGAAGCUCGCUGAUAAUGUUGAUCUAGAAAGAGUUGCAAGAGAUACGCAUGGUUAUGUUGGAGCUGAUCUUGCUGCCUUGUGCACUGAGGCUGCGCUGCAAUGUAUCAGAGAGAAAAUGGAUGUUAUUGACUUGGAGGAUGAGACUAUCGAUGCUGAAGUUUUGAAUUCAAUGGCUGUCACUAAUGAGCAUUUUCAAACUGCUCUGGGUGCUUCAAAUCCAUCAGCAUUACGUGAAACAGUUGUGGAGGUUCCCAACAUCUCUUGGGAGGAUAUUGGGGGCCUGGACAAUGUCAAGCGGGAACUUCAAGAGACUGUUCAGUACCCAGUUGAGCAUCCUGAGAAGUUUGAGAAGUUUGGCAUGUCACCCUCUAAAGGGGUUCUUUUCUAUGGACCUCCUGGUUGUGGUAAAACUUUGCUUGCAAAAGCUAUUGCAAACGAGUGUCAGGCUAACUUUAUUAGUGUGAAAGGACCGGAGUUGCUUACAAUGUGGUUUGGAGAAAGUGAAGCAAAUGUUCGGGAAAUAUUUGACAAGGCACGGCAGUCUGCUCCAUGUGUACUGUUCUUUGAUGAACUUGAUUCCAUUGCUAUGCAGAGGGGGCAUUCUGUGGGAGAUGCUGGUGGUGCUGCUGAUAGAGUACUCAAUCAAUUGUUGACGGAAAUGGAUGGAAUGACGGCAAAGAAAACAGUAUUCAUCAUUGGGGCAACUAAUAGGCCAGACAUUAUUGACCCUGCACUGCUCAGACCAGGUCGUCUAGACCAAUUAAUUUACAUCCCCCUCCCUGAUGAAGCUUCCCGUCUUCAAAUCUUCAAAGCAUGUUUGCGGAAGUCCCCUGUCUCUAAGGAUGUGGAUCUGGCAGCUCUCUCACGGUAUACACAUGGUUUUAGUGGUGCAGACAUAACUGAGAUUUGUCAGCGAGCAUGCAAAUACGCCAUCAGAGAAAACAUUGAAAAGGAUAUUGAGAGAAAGAGAAAGAGGAGUGAGAACCCUGAAGCCAUGGAUGAAGAUGACAGUGAUGAAGUGGCUGAAAUUAAGCCUGCACACUUUGAGGAGUCCAUGAAAUAUGCUCGAAGAAGUGUGAGUGAUGCUGACAUUAGGAAGUACCAGGUUUUUGCUCAAACAUUACAGCAAUCACGCGGAUUUGGAACUGAGUUCAAAUUUGCAGAGCACGCAGCUAAUACUACAGCAACUGGGGCAACAACCAACCCAUUCGCUUCUGCUAAUGCUGCUGGAGACGACGAUGACUUGUAUAGUUAAUAAGUACCUUAUACAGCCUAAUAAUAGUGAGUGUUGUUGAGGUUUACAUAUAGACAGGGAUGAUAGGGUGCUGGAAAAAUGGAAGUUUUGUUAAUAGUCUUAGGUUAGUGGUUAGUAGUAUACCUUAGUAUUUUUGCAUGUUGCCACUCUUAUAUGAAAGAAAUAAUAGUAGAUUGCACUAAAUGUUUCCUUCUGUGGUGCUAAUGUAAUGUAAAAAUGAA